CUGAUAGCUACAGCGCUCUUCUCUUUGGUUGAACUUUCUCACAGAUUAGCAACCGUCUUCCCUCCAGGCUAAGAUGCUUGACACACUGAUGGACUCCGUUCAGGGUUUCGGGGUGAGCAGCACCCACUACCUGCAGACCAACUAUGAGGACGCCCAGGGGUUGUUUCUCUGGGUGUCCUGGGCGGCGGACCUCAGGAACACCUUCUUCAUCUUCUUCCCAAUUUUGGUUCACCUGAAGGCCUCCGUGGCCAUCAAGCUCAUCUGGGUGGCUGUGAUUGGAGACUGGCUGAACCUGGUGUUCAAAUGGAUUUUGUUCGGCGAGAGGCCGUACUGGUGGGUCCACGAGACGGCGCAUUAUACCGACGAUGCUCGCCCACAUAUUGAGCAGUACCCCAUGACCUGCGAAACCGGACCAGGCAGUCCCUCUGGACACGCCAUGGGAGCCGCAGGAGUCUACUACACCCUGGUGACCUCCAUCCUCGCCAUCCUCAGCAGCACGACUCAACAGAACAGCAAGCCGUCCUCAAACAAACACUGGUACCUGAAGGUCGGCCUCUGGUCCUUGUUUUGGGGCGUCCAGGUGUGCGUCUGCCUCUCGCGGGUCUUCAUCGCAGCUCACUUCCCUCACCAGGUUGUCGCUGGUGUCAUCACAGGCAUGAUUGUGGCCGAGGCCUUCAACAGAACCCAGUGGAUCUACAGCGCCAGCAUGAAGAAAUACUUCUACACCACGCUCUUCCUCACCUCCUUCGCCGUUGGCUUCUACCUCCUGCUCAAAGCUCUGGGUGUGGACCUGCUGUGGACCCUGGACAAAGCCCAGAAGUGGUGCGUCAGGCCCGAGUGGGUCCACCUGGACACCACGCCCUUCGCCAGUCUGCUGCGUAACAUGGGCACGCUGUUUGGGUUGGGUCUGGGCCUGCACUCGCCGCUCUACACCGAAACCAAAAAGAGCAACAGCGCCGUGGUUAAAGCAGGGUGUAUCAUCAGCUCUUUGGUCCUCCUGCACCUGUUCGACUCCUUCAAGCCCCCCACCCACACCGCCGCCCUCUUCUACCUGCUGUCCUUCUGUAAGAGCGCCACCGUGCCUCUGGUCACGGUUAGCAUCGUCCCGUACUGCGUGAGCAGAGCUCUGACCCCACAGGGCAAGAAGUUCAUGUGAUCUCCCGCUGUAAAGAGCUGAACUGUAAAGACUUUUUCUCUGGUGCUUCUUCACACGACCCCCCAGGAUCUGAACUCUGGGAGUUGCUGGAGAACCGGCAGCGUUUUCAUCACAACCUUAGAUAUCUUAUUGCAUUGUCAUAUUGUAUUUUUGUAUGUAUUAGAAGCUAUUUUUGAAAUUUUUUUAAUAAAAAAACUGAAAAAAGAA